UCCCAGCGCAACCCCGGGAUAUGACAGCCAGCCAGCCCACUGGCGCUUGACUGGACUUGAUCUGGUGGUUCACAUCCAUUCGCAUUGACUUAGUGGACGGCAAAGCUAGGCAUCUUGCACCAUUUCUACUUGUUUUCUGUUGCAUCGUCUUUCUUUUUCCCGCUUAGUCUCUGCCUCUUGUCUCUGAGUACUGAGUUGGGUAUCUCAAGUCUUCAACUUCAUUACCUUUCCAUUCCUCUCUGUCUUUUCGUUCUGAGAUCUUGCCCGGUCGUCCUUUUCGGGAUUCCCAAGGCCCGUCUCACUCACUCACUCAUUUAUCACAUCUUCUUUCUUGUCUUGUCUUGUCUCUCAAUUCCCCAAGUGCCCGUCAUCCCCCUUUAAUACUCUGUACUUAUCACACUUACAUUCCACUUUUGUCAACUCACCUCACCGUAUCAUACCGUAUUUCACCGUGUCCAUCUACGUUGGAAGAAUCGCCCUUCCCCCCUCACCCUCUUCCUCUUCUUCGCCGCAGUCAGAGAGGCUACAGUAUUAGGCACCUGAUACCACUUAUUCACCCACCUCUCAUGCCACCCGUCCCAUCCGUUCCUCCUCCUCUCGGCGUGUCUCAACCUCAGUCCACUUGAUCCAUCAUCCAAGGAGACGACGACCCGCCAGAACAAAAGUCCAUCAGCACACGGCUGCCAUCACGUCCACGCCAACGGCGGCGACCACGCGACAGGACGCGCAAGACACGAUACCACACCGAAUUUCAUUGCAGCAACGUACCGUCGUACACCGUACCGUCCCGUCCGAGGGGAAAAAAAAAGAAAAAAGCUCGCCCCCAUUCGCACGCUGAAUGUGACCCUCCCAUCCCCAUGGGUACUGCUGGGGAUAUCAGAGCCCGUCUCCGGGCAAAGUUCUCACGGAGGAAUUCGGCUGCCCCAUCUCUAGCUUCCAACAAGAGCACCGGCGAUGCCCACAACUCCCAGGCAACUGAUGGGACGAGUCUCACACGGCAAUCCUCGGCCGCUGCAUCCGCUUCGGCUCCAAGGUCCAGAGCAAGCUCCCAGCACCCGCCUCACACGCCAAUCUCGCCCUUGCCCUCGCGCUCGCCGACUCCACACCAGCCACACAAUCACCUGCAGACACAGCCACAGCCCACCACACUACAACCCCCCGGCAGCAGCCAUGGCGACCACUUGCUGCAGCCGAAAUUGAAGGCAAUUACGGCUGAGGGUGCCGCUGCUGGGGCUGCAGGUGAAGACGACAGUGAGGAAGCGCAGCUCCCGCCACAGUCGUCGUCCUCAAGCAAGUCCCAUCUAUUGGACCACCAACAAAAACAACGCCACGAGCCUCAAAUCAAUCACGACAGCCAUGGUGAUGAAGAAAAUAACUUUCAUGCUACACCUCUCAGCAGCGACGAGGUUUUGGUAAAGGAAGAGAAUCCCAUCGUCACAGCAACUACGGGUACCGACAACGAUCAAAGACCCGCAAGCAGCGCCAGCGCCAGCGCCAGCAACAAGGUCAGAGACAACUCGACCGGGACUGGGGACGAUCAGGACGCUCACAAGCCACACUCCGACCUCGACCUCGACCGUGACUCGCUGGCCCCAAUGCCGCCCGCCGCGUCUCAAGGACGCUUAGCUAGCGAACUGACUGCCAGCAACGAUCUACGCCCAGCCGCAACAACCACAACCACAACCACAACCACUGCUCCUACUGCAGCUUCCACUACCCUCAACAACCUCCCAAGCAUCCACGAGGACCAAACCCCACCCGGAUUUGACGACCCAAAACAGAGACUUCAUCUAUCGCAGUCGCAUCACCCGCAUCAGCCACUACCGCCAAAAUUUGCGGCGGCUCCCACCGUAACCCUUCAGGCGGUCUCUGCCGAGGACCUCAACGACGAUCAACACGAUCCCCUCAGCCAUGCCCUCGGCACCCCGACGCCUCUCGCAACCGCCAUCCUCCCGAGUUCGCCCUUGUCCUCCCGUCCAGAGGCGCCUCCCCGACGACAAAGUCUUAUACCCAACCGUCAAACCACUCUGAUUCGAAACCUGCUCGAAGGACGUGUCGAAAACGAAGCUAGGCCAGCCAGCGCCGAUUCUUUGCUCCCCAACAUCGCAAACAUGGUCACCCGCAAGGUCUGGGUUAGGCGCCCCGGUGCUUCUGCCACACUCAUCACUGUCAACGAGGACGACCUGGUCGACGACGUGCGCGACAUGAUUCUACGAAAGUACGCCAACUCGUUGGGCAGGCAUUUUGAUUCCCCCGAUCUCACACUACGGAUAUGCCCGCGGGAGCAGAGACAAGAUCGUAUGCUUGGCCCCGAGGAGCCCGUAGGCCGUACACUUGAUGCAUACUUCCCUGGUGGUCAGAAUGUCGAAGAGGCUCUGGUGAUUGAUAUCCCAGCCCGGCGCACACCGAGACCAUCACCGCGCGCCCCGACGCAUGCUACAACAAUCUACUACAAUGACGAAGGCCGGCCCUCCGAAGCUGGCGAGGGAUAUUUCCCUCCGGUUGCAAACGCGGCUGCUCUGCCGUCACCAAAUCUACCAGUGCCGGUUGUCGCUCCUGUUACUGUCCCUGCAACACAUCCCGCGCAUCCCGCCCAUCCAGUUCACCCGGCGCAUGCCCUUACUGCGCAUACUCAACACUCGAUCGCAAUUCUCGGAACAGGCCAAGUACCGCCAAUACCCUCGCCGGGAGGCACGAGGUCUCGUGCUUACAGGGAACGCCCGGAACGCCCUCGUCUUGGGAGAACCCAUACCUCCUCACCUACGAUACUGAACCAAGUCAAUGCACAAUCCAUGGCGGCCGCAGCAGCUGCUGCCGCACAUCCCACCCACUCGUUCCACCCACGUCUACCGCCCUCUCGGACGCAGUCGAACACUUCGGAGCAAUCCAACGCCCAACCGGCUGCUCCACCGCUUCCGACACCGCCCGCUCCGGAAGUGCAGCCUGCGAGAGUUGCAACUCCCCCGCCCAGGAUUGCUUCUCCUAGGCCAGCAAGUUCUCGGCCUAAAAAGAAGAAAACGGUAGAUCAUCCAACUUUGCCCGCUGGCAUAUUGAACGGCGGUGUGCCGCCUAUCAACGUGUUGAUCGUAGAGGACAACCCGAUCAACCUCAAGCUGCUUGAGGCUUUCGUCAAGCGUCUGAAGGUUAGGUGGAAAACGGCGGUCAAUGGCCGAGAUGCCGUCACCAUGUGGAGGACCGGAGGUUUCCAUCUUGUUCUGAUGGACAUUCAACUGCCCAUCAUGAGCGGAUUGGAAGCCACUCGGGAGAUCCGCAGAUUGGAGAGAGUCAACUCGAUUGGUGUCUUCUCUUCGUCGGCAGGUAGCGCACCUGAAGCCCCGAAUGGCGAGCCCGAGGAGAAGGACAAGUUGACCAAUAUGGAACUCUUCAAAAGUCCGGUGAUUAUCGUGGCCCUUACUGCCAGCUCCCUCCAGAGUGACAGACACGAGGCCUUGGCGGCUGGCUGCAACGAUUUCCUUACAAAGCCCGUGAACUUCGUGUGGCUGGAGAGGAAGGUCAUGGAAUGGGGUUGCAUGCAAGCACUCAUUGACUUUGAUGGCUGGAGGAGAUGGAAGGACUUUUCUCAGCAGAAUGACGAGGCUGAAGCCAAGAAAUCGGCCGCGUUGAAGACGAAGGCAAAGAAGAAUCGCUUGUCGAUGACUUCGGUGCCAGCAUAGAAAUGCAAUAACGCUCAGAAGCGUUAGCAGGGAACAGUGGGUAUGCGAUAACGGCUUUCGCCACACUUUUUGGAGAAGGCCACGGUAUUGAUGAUACUGCGAGCCUUUAAUGAGUCUUCUUUUCCAAUGGUCUCUCAUGAGACUUGGCUUAAUGAACACGACAGCAACAUACGGGCUCCGCUCUGAGGUAUAAUUAUAGCAGGCUUGGUGCUCAUCUCUGUUGCAAGGAACCUGCAUCUUGUUCAUGGCUACUUGUCGUUUGGUUGCAUGGACUCAACGGUUCGGUUUAAGAGAUGCCCCGCAUGGAAUAUACGAAGAGGGACGCGCAGAAUGAUACCAUAGAGCGCGUAUGUAUGAGAGAAUAAUCAUAAUGGAUCCACG